CAUUCCUAGCAUUUAUUGUUAACACAUUCAUUGCCACUAAGUGCUACGGGUUACGCUCGUGCCACGUUUUCGCCGUAUGUAGCGCGUAAUCGCUACGAACAGUGUACCCGACAGUCGGGUUCUUAUCCCUGAAUGUGUAAUGGACGCGUAUUUGAUUUUUGUAUUACUAUUACCGUGCAUAUCUUCGUAUUAUGAUGAUUUUACAUCUCCCGGUAGUAACAUACGUAAUGCUAUAUUAUCCCGACUAUCGCUAGUACGGCGGACUACCGGAUAUCCGGAUCACUCUCCUUCGUUAUGGUUAAGACAAGAAUCUAAAAAAACCAAGAAACCUAAAAAAAACACAACUAAAAAAUACGUUCCGACGAAAUUGCCAAUAAAUCCUUCUCUGAAUGGCACAGUUUUCAAUAUAUUAAUAAAUGAACAAAAGUAUGCAAAUGAGACUGAAGAGGAGAAGUAUCCGUGGAUAUCCCGCGUUGUGAUUUCCACGGAAUAUGACUAUCCUUACCUGUGCACGGCGGCUUGUAUAGAAGACAGGAUAUUUGUUACUGCCGCUCGCUGUCUUUACCAGACAAAAGUGUCUUUUACAAGUGUGAUCAACCAAGGCGCCAGACUUCGUCCCAUAGCCUUCGUGGUGCCCUCGAAACCGACUAAACAGAUGUUCGAAGACGUCGGCUUCAUCAUCGUAAACAAAACCAACCAUAAAUGGAGCGCAAUUGAAGUAUUUGACCAACAGGACAAUAAUACGUUCACGAGGACAGACGAGAAUUACUUCUGGCUGAGUAAGAUUGGUGAGGUUAAGGGGACGUCGGUAGGAUUCGUCAGUGGUGAUGAUAAGCAACCUGGGACUUUGUAUCAAGCAAAUGUCUACAUGAGCCCCUUUCUAUGCCAACAUUUCUACAAUAUAGAGAUUUUACAUGAGCCAUUGUACUACAGCGAUCACUACUUCGUGCCGUGUUUCCAUACAUGCAACAUUAAGGAUGGGUAUAAAAAGUCCAAGUGUAAUAAACGGCUCGCUGGAGAAGGACACGCUGUAUUGGAAGAUAAAACUAAAAAACUUAUGGGGAUAGCCACAUGGGGCGGUUAUUUCGCUAAAUCUUACGGCAUAAAUUUGCCUGUCGGUAUGGCAAUACCAAAUUCGGAUAGUUUUCGGGAAGAUUUGGAAUGUGCUAGGAAGAUUAAAAAUGCGCCAAUAACGAGCAAAACUUUUGCUAAUCUAUGCAAAUAAAUAACUGAGUUAACCCAAUGUCAAAUCGAAUGAAUU